AUGCUGGAGCUGCAGCACAGAGCCUUGCUUUUAGGCUCUGAGGCACAGUUCAUUCAGAAAAUAUUUUCCGCACGUCCACUGUGUGCCAGGCACUCUGCUGAGUUCUGUGUGGCAGGAGGCGGCGUGGCAGGGAAAGAGUUGGAGCAGUGCCAGCGGCAGGCAGAUGAGGUGACAGAAAUCAUGCUCAACAACUUCGGCAAGGUCCUGGAGCGUGACGGGAAGCUGGCGGAGCUGGAGCAACGUUCAGACCAACUCCUAGAUAUGAGCUCAGCCUUCAGCAAGACAACCAAGACUAUGGCCCGGAAGAAGCGCUGGGAGAACACCCGUUGCCGGAUCUACUUGGGGGCAAUCGUGGGCGGCAGCCUGGUCAUUAUACUGAUCGUGCUGCUGGCCAUCUUUCUCUCACCGAGCAGCAAGAACAGUGGUGCCCCACAGGCCCAGGACGCAGGUGCUGCCUCAAGGCCUGGGGACUGACCCAGCUGGGCCUGAAAAAGAGGCCCAAUGCCCACAAUGGCCGGUUUUGGUCUUCAGAAAACCCUGGCAUUUGCUCCCAUCCGAGCCACCGCAGUGAGCCCAGAAAGGCAGCCCCAAUUUGUGCACCUUUGUUAUCUCCUAUCACACCACAGACUGGCCCUUGAGGGCAGCUUGCUACACCGGCCAUGCCAGACCAGCCCCAUCUGGAGAUUAGUAAAAGCUGCUGUUUUGUUAAAA